AUGAAGCUAAAGUCUGCCUUCUGCGUGACUGUUUUUACCAUCUCGGUCGCCCAUGCCAUCCCAGUGCCCAUCACUGCAUUACGAGCCAGGGGAGACGCCGGGGCCGGAGCUAGCGCCGGGACUGGGGCCGCCACGACCGCACAACUAAAGCCUGCAGGGCCCGAAGGCAAGUGUGGUGCCGGCUUCACCUGCAAGGGGUUUGCAAAAGGCACUUGUUGCAGUCAGUUUGGCUUCUGUGGAAGCUCAGAAGCUCACUGCGGCACGGGUUGCAACCCGGCGUUUGGAACGUGUGGUACUUCAAGUGGGGGCGCCAACCCGUCACCCGACAGCAACCAGACGCCAACCACACCCCCGGUAGCCGGCACUGCCCCAUUGACCCCGCCAGCCACAGGUGACAACGCAGCGACGAAGGAUAAGCCAGGCGACGGCAGCAACCCUCCAGCCACUCCGGAUCCUGCCACUCCCAAGCAGCCUGAAGGUACCACUGGGACAGGGGACAUUGGAACGGCGAACCCCGCCCCCGGAGCGGCUGGGUCUGAGCCAGCUCAAAGUCCCGGGACGACGCCUUCCGCUCCUUCUCCUCCUCCUCCUCCUCUUACUAUGGAGUCUCCGACGAAACAAAACAACGGCACUGCCACUGCGGAUGUCGCCAGACCUGGUGCAUCCACCACCUCCACCUCGACCAGCAACCCAGCGACCAUCGCUCCCGCUGCCCCUGCUACCAACGGUACCUUGCCAGCGGCGGGAUCUUCUGCUGACAAGGGCAGUCCAGAUGCUGGCAAAACUGCCCCAGCCAACCAAGCCAUUACCGCGACAUCGUCAACGGAUGGAAACAAAACUAACCCCAAUGAAGCCGCAACUCCCGGCAGCACUUUUACAACUGACUCUGCAGAUACAGGUUCUGAAUAA